UUUUAAGUGGCAACUGUAACCAUUCGUGGGCAUUUAUAAUUUAUUGUCUGAAUCACUGCUAUUCAACCGUGCGAUUUAAGACAAACUUGGACUGGCCAAACUGCCAUGCCUUUUCUCUGCCAUGCUGAUAAACACCAGCACUAUAGCUCGCUAGCUAACUUGCUAACGUGGACAGCUAGCUAGCGAAUGCUUAGGUAACUGUCUUACCUAACAAUAUACUUGAAGAAAGAGUACAUUUUGAUUAAUCUUCCCGCUAUUAAUCGUAAUCCACAACAAUUAACUGGACGAGAUCCAAUUAAGAAAAUUGAAGAAAGAUGCCAGCAGCACUAAACCUCAGCAACGAGGUGGUCAAAAUGAGGGCCGAGGUGAAGAGGGUCAAGGUGUUGGUUCGCCGGAAGCUCACGAGACAGAUUGCAGCUCUGAAGAGAAAGAAAGGAACGCAGGCUGACUUGGAGAGAUAUCAGAGGCGUGCUGCGCGCUUGCUUGAGGAGAUGCAUGAGCUAAAGGCCCUUGCUCCGGACAACAUCACCAAGACAGCCCUGCAGCAGGACAUCAGCUUCCAGAAGGUGUGCCAGAACAAAGCUGCGAGCCUGUCAGAACGCGCCACUGCUCGCGUUGCCACACACCCAGACUUCAGCAGGAGAAUCCAGAGCCUCAAGGAUGCUGUCAAAGCUUUCAGUGCCGAAAGGCUGAAUGCUGUGGAGGCCCAGACAACAGCUGAGCUGGAAUCUGGAGGCAGUGUCCUGCAGCUGAACGAUUCCGAGCUCGAGAGUGAUGGUGAUGAGGGGUUGAAGGAAGAGCUCAUAAAAGGGAAGAACAAGGAGCAUGAGGGAGAUGAUGUGCAGGGAUUCAAUAAAAUGAUCAAUCAGGAUCAGUGUGUUUCAGUCACAACAAAAGAGAAAUCCUUAGAGGCAGACAUCAUACCCACUGAGGUGGUAAGGAUGAGGAAACAAGUGAAGAAAUUGAGGAUGCUGCUUAUUCAUAAGGUGACCCAGAAGAUUACCAGCCUGAGGAGGGAGAAGGACAAAGAUCUGAAAGUCAAUCAGCAAUGCAUAACAAGUCUUCAAAAGGAAGUCCAGGUUUUGAGGGAUCUUUUACCUGACCAUGUUACUAUAACAGCGCUUCAGGGGAAAAUGGAUCUUGAAUAUGUUCUGCAGGACCCAAAGUCCAGCUCGCUGGAGAGAGCCACUGCCCAGAUUGCCACACAUCCACGCUUUGUCAAGAAGCUUCAGGAUGUCCGUAAGGCCAUUGAAGAGGAAAGGACAAAGGUGGCAUCAGCUAAGCAAAGAAAUGUGGGCAAGGAGGAUUUCAGUGAAGUGAAAAAGGAUGAAGAUAGCGAUGGUGAGGAGGAGGAGGAGGAGGAGGUUGAAGAUAAGGCUGAUGAGGAUAUGAUGGUUACUGAUGACAGUGAUGACGACGACGACGACAAAACAGAAGAUAAAAGAAAGAAAGAUCAACCCUUGAAGGAUGAAGUAAUUAAAAACUAUAAUGCUAUAAAGCUGUCAGAAGAUACCAAACUGCAUACUGUGAACGAGACAGCAGCCUCAAUAUCAAAAGAAGGAGUGACUGAAAAAGAUGUAGAGAGUUCAGUCCAUCUAAAAAGUGAUUCUGAAAUAGCUGUUACAGUGGGCGUUGUCAAGAGCAUGCAUUGUCAAGAAACACCAGUGAUGAGUGCACCACCACCAGGAAGAAAUGAACUCAUAACUGAGACCAAGAAGCCAGAGAACAGAGGUAGCAAGGAAGAGAAUGACUCAGAUCUGUCAGAUGGUGAAGAAGAGAGAGAAUAUUUUGAUGACAGUACCGAAGAGCGUUUCCACAAGCAGUCUUCUCAGUCCGAGGAGAGCGAUGAUGAUGAUUUCUUCCUUGGCAAAGUGAGCAAACUUAAGAAAAAGAAAAGUGAUGGAGCAGCUGAGAAGGAGAAAAAGAGCGACCCUACCAAGGUAGCCAGAUUGCAGAAAGCUAAGGAGGCCGGUGAUGCACGUCAAGAAUUCAAAAUGCAAUCAGUAUUCUGUUCCACCCUGUCCAAAUCUAGUGAUGCCUAUCAGAAGGGGAAAGACUGUAAUUCAAAGCCACUGCGCUUACAGAACCAGAAAAAAUGUUCUGAUGGUAAUGCAAAACCAACUUGGUUCAAAAGCCAAGACCCCAGGAAUGACAGAAGGCGUGUAGCCUUUAAUAAACUGGCAGCUGGACCCAAAGGUCCUGGUCCAGGGACGAGGAUUACCACAGAAGCACGGUUUGGGAGGAAUCCAGCCCAGGGUAGUAAAGGUGGACCUGGUAAGGUUAACCGUCCCCAACAUUCCCAGCAAACGCUGCAUCCCUCGUGGGAAGCCAGCAGAAAGAGGAAAGAGCAGCAGGCGCAAAUCACAGGUUUCCAGGGGAAAAAGAUUAAAUUUGAUGACAAUUAAAAUUGAUGAUGAUAAUAUGUUUCAAGUUUUACCUCCCACACCCACAAAGGACCUAUGGGUUUCUAGUGGUGUCUUCUAUAUGUUAAGGCAUCAGAAAGAAAUACAAAAAUGUCUACAUAAAGAGAUUCCUUCUGUACUAAUGCAGACAUCAAAAACAAGUCAGUUAUUUGCUUUCAACACAUUUUUCUAAUUAGGAAUAAUAGUCCUUAAAUCAUAUUAACAUAUUAAUAUGUUAAGGCUGUUUAUGGAGCUUUGUUUGCAGUUGUUUGUGUGUAUGCAAAAUAAAAUGUAUGUAAUGUGUUUUCAUUGUAUUUCUGCUAGAUGUGAAGACCAAAGUGUUACUCAGGACCAUUUACUCCACUGUUGUAUAUGUGGUUACAAUAUUAUGUACUUUUUUCUAGAACAUGCUUAUAAUCAUUUAAAUAGGUUGAGGUUGGCCACAGAUGGAAGAUAACAUCGAUAGUCAUAGAAUAAAGUAGUCAAGGAAUCAGUGUCAUUGCCCAGCAUCAGAGGUUAAGAUCAUUGUCUUAUGAUUAUUAUGGCUCAGAGACAGUAAGUGUUUGUGCUGGCUUUACAAGUUAUUACUAUUAAUGACCAUUUUAAAAAUGAUAUGGUACCCUUGGUUAGUUAUUUUUAAGAUGGAGUAAUAUAUAAAAUAAUUAACAUUACAAUUCUACAACAAUAAGGAUCACUGUUUAAAUCAUUUAUUGCUAUUUAAUUUUUUUUUUUUUUUUUUUUUUUUUUUUUUUUUUUUUUUUUUUUUUUUGCGAUUGCUUACAGACUUGUUGCAUAAUUUGGUUCAGUGUAACAAAAUUUCACACAAUCCAGAGAAGAUACUUGGAGAUAAACAUCUUACUUCUGUGUAAAAAUGAAAGUACAAUCAAAACCAAACAAUCCUGCAAUUUCUGCAAUAAAUCACUAUCAUUUUAAUCACUA